AUGAGGGAUUAUCCGUCGGUGCCCAAUGUGUUUCGCGUGGCCUCCACGCACAGCAUCAACAGCGAGAAUCCCUACAACAACGUUCGACCCGCGAAUGCUAGCUGCAAUACCACCGACAGGCAGCCGCUGGCCAUCCACCAGCUGACCACCAGUGCAUCCAUCGAGCACAGCCACCCGUCGCAGCAGCCGCAGCAUCAGCAGCAACAGUUGCUGCACCCUCAGCAGCAGCACCAGCAACACUCGCCCUAUGCAACAUUGCCGCGGGGUCAGCGACUCGCGCCACAACAGCAGCAGCAGCAGCAGCAGCAGCAGCAGCGUCAGCCAACUGGCCUGAUCAACACGAUCUCUGGCAGCAUUCCGGCCACGGGAUUCAGCUCCCAGGCAGGCAGCUUCAGUGAUCUGCAGUUGAACAACAUCGGCAUUCACAGCAGCAACAGCAGGAGCAGCCACAUCAGCAACAACCGACGGCAGCAGCAGCAACAGCAGCAGCAGCAGCAGCAGCGGCAGCAACAGCAGUUGCAGCGACUGGUGCCAUCUCUGAGUCGCCACCAGCCAGCUAUAGAGGUGCAGCAGACGCAGCCGCAGCAGCAACAUGUCCAGCGGCAGCAGCAACAUCGACUUGGUGCUCCCGAUCCGCAGGGAGGCAUCAGCAAUAUGACCACCGUCAACGGUGGUUACUUGUGGCUCAUCACACCUGUUGCAGCCAGCAUUUCGGUGGCCAUUGUCAUCGCCGCUCUGGCCGGACCCCAGUGGCUCUUCACGGAGGAGAAGCUGCCCAAUGCCAACUACAAUGGGACGGCCAACUUCAAGGCCCUGGACGACGGCGCCUACAUCACCAAGUACACCAAGUCCAGUCUCUGGAUUUUGUGCACCACUCUGCCCGGCCUGGAUGCUGACUCGUACAACUGCGUUAAGAUUGACUACUUUUCCAAUGAAGGCUAUCAGCCGGAUCCGCACGACUCGACUGCGGCAAUACCCUAUACGGUCACCAAGUCGUGUCCCAUUUUCCUGGCCGCUGGUGUAUUUCUGGUGAUCAGCUUCAUAGUUUUCCUUAUCCCCACGUGCUCGCACCAAAACAAUCUGUAUUACUUCAGUGCGGGAAUUCUCUUCAUUGUUAGCGGCCUAGUGAUGCUGAUUGGAUUGAUUGCCUAUAUAUCAAUACUGAAGGCGGAAAUCGGCUCGAAGCUGCGACCCCGGUCCACCCUUCAACCUGCCCUCAUCAAGGUCUCCUAUGGCCAGAGCUUCUUCCUCUUCGUCUUUGGAUUCAUUGUCACGGAAUUCGUCGGGGUCUUGAACAUAUUCCUCUUCAUCAAUUUGCAGGAGGUCAGCUACUACAGCGUGAGUAAUCGAGCCGAGCUUCAAGAUGCACUGACCAGCAGCCCACCUUGUGAUCCGUAA